AUGGAAAGCUACCCAAGUCACACAGCUCCUUAUUCAAUGGACUAUGAUGCAGUUUACAUGCAGGAACAAAUUAAUGACAUGAACCAGCAACUGACGCAGACUCGCUCACAGAGGGUCCGUGCGGCCAUGUUCCCCGAGACAUUUAACGACGAGGAAAUUCAAAUUCCUUCAACGCAGAAACACUUUGGCCAGAUGACGACUGUGCAGAGACUGGCUGAACCAUCACGGAUGCUGAAGCAUGCUGUCGUCAAUCUCAUCAACUAUCAGGAGGAUGCAGAUGUGGCGGUGAGGGCGAUUCCUGAGUUGAUAUCACUACUGAAUGAUGAGGAUCAGAUUGUAGUUGGCCACGCAGCUCUCAUGAGUCACCAACUUUCGAAGAAGGAGGCCAGCAGACACGCCCUUCUCAACUCUCCACAGAUCAUCGCUGCCCUUAUCAAUGCACUCAACAAAGCCAAAGACCCAGAAACCAUUAGGUACUUGACGGGGGCACUGCACAACCUGUCCCACCACCAGCAAGGACUGUUGUACAUCUUCAAGUCUGGUGGCAUACCUGCUCUCAUCAGGCUGCUUAGUUCCCCCAUUGAAUCGAUUCUCUUCUAUGCGAUGACUACACUACACAAUUUGUUGCUACACCAGGAAGGAGCUAAGAUGGCGGUGCACACCGCAGGGGGGCUGCAAAAAAUGGUGGCCCUCUUGACGUACGAUGACCCAAAGUUCCUGGCUAUAACCACUGACUGCCUGCAACUUCUUGCUUAUGGAAAUCAGGAAUGCAAAUUGAUCAUCCUGGCGAGUGGAGGUCCAGACAAUCUGGUGCGCAUCAUGGAGAGGUACAACUACGAGAAGUUGCUCUGGACCACAUCCAGGGUUCUCAAGGUUCUCUCCGUCUGUCCCAGCAACAAGGUGGCCAUUGUUGAAGCCGGAGGCAUACACGUCCUCUCCAACCUGCUCGUGAACCCGAGUACUCGACUCGUUCACAACUGCAUGUGGACCAUCCGGAACCUCUCUGACUCUGCCACCAAACUGGAAGGAAUGGAGCCUGUUCUGGAAGUAUGCGUGCGAAUGUUGCAGAUGGACGACUUGGAUAUGAUCAUUUGCUCCUGCGGCAUCCUGUCCAACCUCACCUGCAACAACCACGCCAACAAGUCGUACGUGUAUCAAAUAUCUGGAGUGGAGGCACUUGUGGCCACAGUCGUCAAGGCUGGAGACAGGGAGGACAUCACCGAACCAUCCGUGUGUGCACUGCGUCACCUGACCAGUCGACAUGCGCAUGCUGAAUUAUCUCAAAACCUGAUUCGAGAAGAAGGAGGUCUCAUGCCAAUCAUCAACCUCCUCCACCCGCCAUCCCACUGGCCUCUCCUCAAGGCAACCGUCAGCUUGGUCAGGAAUUUGGCACUUUGUGAGAAGAACAAUCCAGAACUGCGGGGAUUGGGAGCAGUCCCGAAGAUCAUCCAGCUGCUUGUGAGGUCCCAUCAGGAAGUUCAGAAGGCUGUACUAAGCAACUCAUCCGAUGGAAUAAUGAUGGAUGCAGUGAGAAUGGAUGAGAUGGUGGAGACGUGUGUUGGCGCUCUGCACAUUCUGGCACGCGACGUUCACAACAGGACAAUCAUCAAGGAACACAACUGCAUUCCUCUCUUUGUGCAGUUACUCUACUUCCCCCACGAGAACACCCAGCGGGUGACGACGGGAGUGCUGUGCGAGUUGGCAGCGGAGAAGGAUGCGGUGGAGAUGACUGAGCAGGAAGGUGCCACGGCUCCCCUCACCGAGUUGCUGCACAGCCACAAUGAAGCCGUCGCGACGUAUGCAGCGGCAAUAUUGUAUCGCAUGAGUGAAGACAAGUCGGCGGAUUACAAGAAGAGACUGUCCAUUGAACUGACCAACUCUCUGGUCAGAGGCGAUCCAAACACCUGGAACAACCAGCUGACUCAGGUUGAAGAGAUGUCAAACGAUGAAAUGUACCAACCAAACAACAGCCAGGGCAACAACAUUUAUCCUUCGUCUAAGACUCCAGAUUUUAAUUCUCUACAACCACUGCACCAAGGCCUCUACCUUCACCCCAACCAAGCCAACCAAUCAAAUCAGUUCUAUGCGGGCUCAGAAUCAGGCAGCCGACACAACCAGCCAAUGAGAUUUCCUGAUCUAACAGAAAAUGUUUCCGAUCCCUAUGCAGUGAGGUAUUCGAAUAACACUGGCUCGCUCGUCAGCCAAUCAGGGAGAGCUUUGCAACUGGAUGGUGGACCAUGGUUCAAUACUGAUGUGUGAUUGGUCAAUCGUUUUCAACAUGAAAUAAUUUCACUAAAUUGAUUGUACAAUAGAUUUUUAGAAAGUGGAAAAUGUCUGAAUGUGAAUUCGAAUAAUUUUUUUUAAAUUUCAAGAAGGAAUUAAGCAUACAAGUUUCAUUGGUAACAUGUUCAACGUUUUACAUCUAUGUGCACGAUGUGCAGUUGCUAUCUUCAUCUUAUUUAACGUCACGUGUGAAUAUUCAAUUUUUGUGAUCCAGUUAAUUAAGUUGACCGUUGUUUUAUUCAAGUGAUCGAUCCGAUGUUGUUUUCUCUCGUCUCCUUAUUAAAUAGAGGUUAUAUAUUUACCAGCGUGAUUGUUGUCAGAUGUCUUUUUUUUAUUGCAAGUCGUAACUUACUGUCGAUCUUGUGCUUAUUGCUAAACAUUAGUCAGCAAGAGUUGAGUUAGGUUGGGACAGUUAAAGCUUUUUCUUGAAACCGUUGAAUAAUUCUACAUUCUCAAUUCAGAGAGUUUGUGACAAUCAGCAUGCCAAAAGGCUCAUCCAUUCUGCUUUCAUUAUAUAGUAUAUAUUAUGUGAAGAUGUUAUUUUGAGUCAAAAGUGCUUGCUUGUGGUUAGGUUGACGUUAUCUCAUGUACUAUUGAUAGAUCUGGUUUUGUGAAGGUAUUUUUUUAAUCUCUUAUUAUCAGUUUAAAUUUUUUUAGUCUGAAUUUGUGUGUUUUAAUUAAUAAAAAUUAAU